UAACGGUUUUCUAGGUUAAAACAUCAAAAAUCAAAACAAUUCCAGUCCAGUAACAGAAAUAAAAUUUUAAACAAUCUACCUGGGCCGAAUUAAAAUGUCACAAGAAUACGAUUCUCGUGUUAACAUGCACCUGGAUAUCAAUAAUGGGCUGGACAGGGUGAUUGAGUUGGUUCAUACACGAUUAGUGGAAAGUGGAUGGCGCGAUCAGGUUCGACUCGCCUGCCGGCAGCUCUUAACUGAAAGUGGCAGCUCAAACAUCUCCAGUGUAGAUGAGCUGAUUAGUACUGUGACACCAAAAGCUCGAUCCAUGGUGCCCGAUGCUGUAAAGAGGGAAUUGCUGCAUGAAAUCGAGAUGAUUUUACUGAACCUGGAAAAGGCUGGAUAUGUUAAAGGUUUCGAGGAUUCCUAGACGAAGUUGAGAAGACGAAUAAAGAAAUAGCGAGCAGGCAUGACUAUAUUUUGGGACUCUAGGCCAGGGCCCCAUAUUUCAAACAAACCCCGGUCAACAGCCCCAUUUCCAUCAGCCAAACACAUUGCGUUGAAUAAAACCGCCCAAAAUAUUGAGGCAACUUUCAGUUUAA